GCCGACUAAGCGUGCCUCUCGAGACGUGUCCUAGGAGGUCGCGUGGCCCGUGUCCGCUCGACAGAGCCGUUUGUCAGCGACUUUACGAGCCGGGGCAUGGCACAUUCCCAGGAAAGGCACCCGUACCACAGCAUGGCCGAGGGAGCUUCCGAUGACGAUCGCAUGAAGGCAACGCAGAGGGCGAGCAUCAAACGCAUCAUGAGGGAACUCGAAGACGUUCAAGCCGAUCCGCACAAACAGUGCACGGCGGGCCUGAUCGACCCCACAAACCCGUACCACUGGAAUGCCGUCAUUUUGGGACCCGAGGGCAGUCCAUACGAGGGUGGACUGUUUCAUCUGCGCAUCCAGCUUCCGAGACACUAUCCUCUCGGAGCUCCAAAGGUGAAUUUCCUCACCACCAUCUAUCACCCCAACAUCAGCACCACCGACGGUGAGGUCCACAUGGACCUGCUCAAGUGGAAAUGGUCGCCGUCGCUGUCCGUUGGAAAAGUGCUGGCCUCCAUUCACUCGCUGAUGUGCAACCCGAACCUGGACACGACUGUCGAAUACGGCAUUGCCGCCGAGUACAAGAACAAUCGCGAACACUUCAUAUGGAACGCCAAGCUCUCGACGAUGGCGUUCGCGAAGGAGUGAGCCUACUUUAUCGAAAUCGUCCCUCAAGCACAGUAACUCGCCCACCAAGAACCACGGGUGUCUCGAAGAAAAAGCAAAGGACAGGAAAAAGCACGUAGGGUGGCCUACACUGUUCAGCUCAGAGAACUAAAAUAACACAACUGGAAGGUUUUCUGAGGAAGAACUACGCAGUAAAAAUGCCACUGUCGCCGUUCGGGCGUAGACUCCUCGUAAAAUUCGAUUGGUUAUAAAGCAGGUUGCUUGGGUGCUGGAACGUGAGCCACCUUUUCCUCUGUAAUACCAACCAGCCUUGCACUCCUUUACAUAGAAGCCUAUCUAUUCACUUAGCGAGAGCUUGCAGGCCUGAAACAACUUUCGUGUAAACAAAAGUCUCAAGAU